UAUUAGUAGGUGUCAACUUACACUUAUGCUAUAAACCGGUGUGACUAUUUUGACGAAUUUGUGUCGAAAAGUGUUAAAACUAAAUUAAAAUGUCGGACAAAUAUUGCAUUUUGGAGCGUGUGAAAAGGUUCAAGAAGUUAGCCUCAGCGAGAUAUUGUAUCAAUGAAGAUGCGGUACAUCUUGGACACCUCGCUUUGGAGGGUCUCAAGGACAACCCCGAGGGCAUCUGUCAGAUCGACGCUGCGACUGGCGAGAGCGAAACCAAUGCCUCGGUGGCUAAACGCAGCUGCCGCCUGGCUAGCGCCAUGGCUAAAUCUGGCUUAAAGCCAGGUGAGGUCGUCAUCAUUAUGGGACAUAACCACUUGGACCUUUGCAUUCCUUACUACGCUUGUCAGUUUGGCGGUUAUACAAUGUGCGCUAUGGAUCCUACAAUUGGUGCAAACGACCUGAUUGACAUUUUCCGCGAUAUUCAUCCUAAAAUGGUUUUCUGCCAAAAGUCUUGCGAACAAAAGGUCGUAAAUGCGUUUAAGGCCAACAUACAACAUGGAGAAAUUGUCACAUUUGAUGAUCCCCAGAAUGACUUGAAAUCCUUCAGUCUGAAGCACAAUGGACACCACAUUAACUACAGGCCAGCUGAUAUCGAUCAGAGCAAAGCUACUGCGUGGCUGAUGCUCACCAGUGGGACCACAGGCUUGCCUAAAGUAGCGAUCAUUCCUUACGGAAGAUUACUGAACGCACUUCUAUCGUGGUGGUCUCCUUUCCCGGAACACAUGGAGUCGUGUCUCGCGAUGGCGACUCUUCAAUGGGUGUCCUCACUUAUAUACUUCAUAGCGUGCAUACUGAAAGGCAUCACAAGGAUCCAAUCGUCGGAAACCUUGACACCUGAGAGGCUAAUCAAACUUAUCGCCACAUAUAGGCCAACUACGACAGCAUUCACACCCUAUUUACUGGAGAAAUUCCUCGAUCUAGCUGAGACCAGAUGCGAUUUGAGUUGUUUCAAGAUCAUUGCUAUUGGCGGCAGUGCUAUGGAAAAAUCUUUAAUUGACAGGUUCAGAAAAGUAUGUCCCGCUUUCCUAUUCCUGGUAUACGGUAUGACGGAGCUGUUGGCGCCAAUCUUCGAUUACGAUGAUAACACGCCAUUCGGAUCCACGGGCAAACCCCUGUCCAAACACGAAUUCAAGAUUGCUGAUGAAGAGGGCCGAGCUUUGGAGGAGCCCAACCAGACUGGGGAACUAUGGCUCAGGGGCAACUCGUUCUUUACGGGCUACCUCAACAAUGAGGAGGAGACUAAGAAGAUGAUCACAGAGGACGGAUGGGUGAGGACUGGAGACAUGUUCUACAAAGACAAAGAUAAUUUCUACUACUUCGUCGAGCGAAAGAGGCUGCUAAUUAAGCACUACGGAUUCCUGAUCUCACCUUUGAAAAUGGAAGAAAUUUUGAAAAGUCAUCCGAGUGUGUCCGACGCUUGCGUGGUCGGUAUCCCCGACCCUAACUACAUGGAGCUGCCUGUAGCCGCCGUGCUCAGGAGAAACGGGGACAAAGUUGACGCACAGGAGUUAGCCGACCUGCUUAGAGCGAACAUGGAAGGGAAGAAACUGAACGGUGCUAUCGUCUUCGUGGAUUCAAUGCCCGUUACGCCCUCCGGCAAAAUUCAUCGAGCGAAAGUAAGGGAAUUGACCCUGGCCGCUCCACGAGUCAUGUUCUAGACGACGACGAAAUAACUGUAGUGUUUAAUUUAAUCAACUAUAUUAAACGAUCUCUAUCCAUUUAAGUUAGAGACAAAUUGAGGCAACGACCACGUAUGGACUCUUGAUUUGUAUGUAAAAUUAAACAAAAGAAACGCGCUUAUUGUAUGCAACGAUACGAUAAGUCUUUUUUUAAAUUUUGUGCUCAAGUUUUGACGGGACUUCCCCGAUCAAAAUCAUUGUAAAUGUAUGAAUAUCAAUUAGUUUUUAAGUAUUGAUAAGUUAUUGUGCAAUGUGAAUGACACUUAAUUAGGUGAUAGGGAAAUGAUAAUUAAUUAUUAUUAAGACAAGUAUUUGUCUAUAUCAAAAAUGAUUAUAUUGUACCUUUUUUCCGUCUAGAUUUUCUUCAUUACAAUUUUGUAUGUUUGUGAUAAUAAACAUCAUAAAAAUACUUAGUUUUUAAAUUGUGAUAGAUAGGAAAAUAUGAUUUGAAGUUAUCUUUCUAUGUUUUAAAUAAAUUGUUUU